UGCCUUUUCUAAUUCUUGAGCCAUAUUCACAUAGUGUCGACAUGGUUUGCGAGGAAGAGUUGUUGGUCGAAAAAGUCUGCGAGCUUUAUGAUAAAAUCUCAAGCCUAGAGACUCUCAAACCCUGUAAAAAUGUCGACAAGCUUUUCACCCAACUUGUUCUCACAUGCAUGCUACCUAGCCCCAUUGAUGUUACCAAGCUCAGCACAAGUGUGCAAGAGAUUAGAUCCAAGCUCAUAAGGCUUUGUGGUGAAGCUGAAGGCCAUUUGGAGAGCCACUACUCAACCAUCCUAGGUUCAUACGAGAACUCACUCAAUCAUCUCCACAUUUUCCCCUACUAUUCCAAUUACCUCAAGCUUGCUCUCCUUGAAUUCACUAUCCUUAACCAACACUGCACCCAUGUCCCUAGCAAAAUUGCCUUUGUGGGCUCAGGACCCCUUCCUCUUACUUCAAUUGUCUUGGCCUCUAAUCACCUAACCACAACUACUUUUCACAACUAUGACAUUGACCCUUUAGCCAAUUCCAAAGCUUUAGGCUUGGUUUCCUCUCAUCCUGACUUGUCAAAGCGUAUGGUUUUUCACACCAAUGAUAUCUUGGAUGUGUCCAAUGCUUUGAAAGACUAUGAUGUUGUUUUCUUGGCUGCCCUUGUGGGCAUGGACAUUGAUGAAAAGAAUAAAAUCAUUGAUCACUUAGCUAAGUACAUGGCCCCAGGAGCACUCUUGAUGCUUAGGAGUGCUCAUGGUGCUCGUGCUUUUCUCUAUCCAGUGGUUGAUCCUAGUGAUCUUCGAGGUUUUGAGGUCCUCUCUGUGUUCCACCCUAAAGAUGAGGUUAUAAAUUCAGUUGUCAUAGCACGUAAGUACCCUAUGCCUAUGCUACAAAACAAGUGUUCUGAUGAGAUGCAAGCCUUCAACCCUGUCAACCUUGGAAAUGUGAUUGACGAAUUGGUCAUUGAGGAGAAGCUAUAG